AUGCCCGUCAGAACUACCGAGCCCCCGAGGAAUCCCUGGGACUAUAUCGCCAAGCUGGUUGCUAUCGGAGACAGUGGAUGCGGUAAAUCCUCACUGACAGUGCGACUUUGCGAGAACCGAUUUUCAGCGACGCACGAUGUGACUAUUGGGGUCGAGUUCGGUUCACGCAUUGUCCCUGUGGGACCUCCGGCGAACAAGGCUCUGGAAAAAGGAAACACAGCCACCGCCGCGGAGCUUGCGGAAAACAGCAAUGGCCAGCAAAAGAAAAUGAAGCUCAGUCUGUGGGACACCGCGGGGCAAGAGACGUAUAAGUCAAUAACGCGAAGCUACUUCCGUGGCGCAUCUGGGGCACUCCUGGUCUUCGAUCUUUCUCGCCGAAAGAGCUUCGAGUCGGCCACAGCAUGGCUCAACGAUCUUCGGCAAAUUGCAGAUAACAAUAUCGUGGUUGUCCUGGUUGGAAACAAACUCGAUCUGGCCAGUCAGAGUACCGAUAUCGAGGGCGGCAACAAGCGCCAGGUCACCAAGGAGGAGGCUGAGGAGUGGUGUCGCCGGGAAGGCGUGCUGAAGUACAUCGAGACAAGCGCUAAAAGCGGUGAGAAUGUCGAGAAGGCAUUCCUUGAGGUGGCAGAACGAAUUUAUCAGAACAUUGAGGCUGGCAGAUACGAUUUGGCCGACCGUCGCAGUGGCGUGAAGAAAUUUGGCGCGGCGGGUGGUCGAGAUGCGAAGCAACCUCAAGCAGUCAACCUGACCGUCGGCGAUGCAGCCAAAGGUGGACCGCGGGGCGGAUGCUGUUGA